AUGGCUGAACUAAUUGCUGCUGAUGUAGCCAUAUUUCUCUUAGAGAAGCUUGGUACCACUGCUUACAAACAAAUAUGCUUAGCUAGAGGCUUGAAAGGCAACAUAGAAAAGCUUAGAGAAGACAUUCGUAAGAUCGAAGGCUUCCUCAUAGAUGCCAUAGAGAAUCAAGUGAAGAAGGAUGAUGUAAUUGACUGGCUCACACGGCUUAAAAAUGUGUUUCUUGAUGCUGAGGAUGUAUUAGAUGAAUUCGAAUGCGAAAAACAGCGAAGAAAAUUUGUGGAAGAGCAUGGCAGUCCUAGUAGAAAGAAGGAAUAUAUUGGUAGAGACGAUGAACAGAGAAAGAUAGUUGAUUGUUUGAUUGAUCAUGUUCAUGUUCAUGAUCACAAACUUUCUGUUAUUCAUAUUUAUGGAAUGCCAGGCAUAGGGAAGACUGCACUUGCCAAGCUUGUUUCUCAAGACGAAAGAGUGAAUCGUUAUUUUCAGCUUAAGAUUUGGGUGUCAGUUACCAAAGAAUUGGAGGUUCACAAACUCCUUGAAAUGAUGCUCGAUUACAUCACGAAGAAAAAGAACAAGAAUUCAGCGAAAGAUCAUUUGAUUGCUGAACUUCAAGGGUAUAUAAAGCAGAAGAGAUUUUUGUUGAUUCUGGACAAUGUUUGGGAUGAGGAUGAGGAAAAAUGGGAGGAGUUGAGUGGUUAUUUAAGAGGAGGUUGUAAAGGAAGUAAAAUUGUUAUAACCACACGUAAUGAACAACUCAGAAUUCGGUGUAUGAAACCAGAUUUUUCUCACAAAGUGGAAGGCCUUUCACCUGAAUAUUCUUUAUCCUUGUUUCUUCAACAUGCAUGUGUUGAGGGAGUACGAGACAUAAAUCUUCGACAGAGGCUUAUCGAAAUUGGUAAGGAAAUUGUACUCAACCAGUGUGAAGGGGUUCCUCUAGUACUGGAAAAUUUAGGGAACCUAUUGUACUCAGAUUCGAAUGAGCAAAGUUGGAAUCGAAUUAAAGAAAGUAAGAUAUGGGAAUUACAAGGUCUCAUGACUAAAGUUUCUGCUACACUUCUACUAAGUUAUCAUGAUUUGUCAUUCGACUUAAAGCGGUGUUUUCUUUGUUGUUCACUUUUCGAAAGGAGAAAGGAAAUUUGUAGUUUGGAACUGAUUCAGCUUUGGAUGGCACAUGGAGUUCUUCCAAUAGAUGAAAGCAAAUGUUUAGAAGAUAUUGGACAUGAAGUUUUUAAUAAGCUUCGUUUGAAAUCUUUCUUCAAAAAUGUAAUCAACCAUGGAUGGUAUUAUACAUUCCAUAUGGAUGAUAUCAUCCAUCAGUUUGCAUUAUCUGUUGCGAAAAAUGAGUACCUCAUGCUGAAAACAUCUGUUGAUGAAUCAGAAGUUCCAAACACACUUCGACAUCUAGCAAUCAGGCCAGAUGGAAUUCCAACUGAUCGAGAACUUGACAACGAUGAUGAUGAUGAUAAUAGCUGCCAUGGAGUUGAAGUUCCCUUCACCAAGAUGAAAAGUGUUCGAACCAUUAUUUUCCCAGGACUAUCAUCGAAACCUUCAAUCAAUUUCUUCUUCAACAAACAGCUGAUCAAGAAUUAUGUCAACCUCCGAAUGUUAGACCUGAGUAAAUCAUCUUUCGAAACGUUGCCCAGUUACAUCGGUGGAAUGAAGCGUUUAAGGAGCCUCAACCUGUCAUGGAAUUGUAAACUCACCAAACUUCCUGAUUCCAUCUGCAAGCUGCAAAGUCUGCAAUCUUUACAGCUUCAAGGGUGUACCGAGCUUGAAGGUCUUCCAAAGAACAUAAAGAAUCUAAGGGAAAAUCUCAUAUUUCUUUCCAUAACUACCAAAGAAGAACUCUUUGAUCAUGACAAUGGAAUCCAAUACUUGACUUCUCUUCGAACACUAAUGAUUGAUGAGUGCCACAAGCUGCAGUUGUUAUCCGAUAAAGUAAUAGAAUCCCUUACAGCAUUGAAGACUCUUGUGAUUAGUAACUGCAAGAAGCUUUUGUUUUAUGAAAAACCAAAGAUCAGUCCUACCAUAAGACUUCAAAGACUGAAACUCUCCAACUUACCAAAAGCAAAGAUUUUUCCUUCAUGGAUUGAAGGAUGUAAACAGAGUUUACAAUACUUGUGGCUCUCUGGCUGUUCUAACUUAUCAAUAACAGAAUUGCAGCUACAGUGGCUAUCAAAGAGAAAGUCUUUUAUGGAAAUUCAGAUCACUGACUGCCCACAGCUUCUGUCAUUAUUACCUGAUGAAAUGCAUGGUGACGACAUUGUUGUAAGAAUAUUUGGUACUUCGACUGAGGAUCAAAAGGCUAUGAAUUGUCAAUUUCGACAACAGAUUGAGCAGCAGCAGAUCAUGGUUAGCGAGAAGUCAUUAGAAGAAACUAGUACAGAUUCUGGACUGAGUGAAAAAAUUUGGACUGAGGAUGAGAGUUUUAAGCUUAUUCAGACUAUGUUAGAUUUAUACAAGAGCAGAAAACUCAAAGCUGAAGAGAUUAAUGCCAACCCAGCUGAGCAUUUGGAAGCUAUCAAGAGAUCAUUGGUAGGAAAGUUGCCUCAGUUAUCAAACAUUCCUACAGAACACAUCGAGUCUGAAAUAAAGUUUUUAAAGAAACGUUUCGAAAUUGUCCAUGAAAUAUUAAAUGGACAAUGCAGUAAUGAAUUUACAUGGAACUCGUGUAAAAAGAUGGUCACUGCAGAAGAGAUAGUGUGGGAUGUAUACAUCCAGAUUCAUCCAGAGGCAAAUGAAUUCAGAAAUAAACCAUUUCCAUUUUAUGAGGAGUUGAAAGAGCUAUACUCUUUAACUGUGGAGGAUCAAAAAAUCAUCAAAAAAUCGAUUGAGAUUGAGAAUAAAGACCAGGCUUCUACCUCGUCUUCAUCGUCAUCCUCUCCAGAAGCUCCAAAAACCAUGAGUGAUGAUGAAACUGAAGAAGGUAAGAGAGAGGACCUCAUUCCACCGCCGAUGGAUCUUGUGCCUUCGAUAACAUCAUCUGAUAUUAGUUUGGCAAAAAAGAAUGAAAAUGUUUCUGGCUUUGGUGAGAUUGGAGAGGCAAUCAAAGAAGCAGCUCGUAUUAUUGCUGGAGAAAUGAAAGAUCUUUAUGGUGGAAUUGAUGCAAAAAUUGUGAAACUUAACAAUGAAUUGACGAAGAACACUACCCUAACGAUGACUGAGAGACAUAAAGCUACCAAUCUCAUCAGCCAAAACAAUGGUUUUCUUAGCAUUCUAUUCAGUCUUCCUGACCAGGAGAAAGAAGAAUGGGUCAGGACUCUCCUCAAGGACUUUACUUAGUAUCUAAUCUAUUAAUAAUGGCAUAUAUCUAUGCAUGUCAUCGUUUAAGAUUAUGAAUUUGACAUUUUUUUGGUUAUUUUAAAAGACUUUUUAUUAAGAGGUGAAGAAGAAGAACUGUGUUAUCUAAUGUAUAAUAAUGGGAGCUUAAUCUAAGUUGUUUUGUAAUGUUUAUAAAUAAUCAAUUCGGCUUCAAGUUGAGUUUGCUUA